AGCACUCGCCUUUCUCGUUUUUGUUUUUGUAGUAUAUUUGAAUGUUUUAUUUAUAGUUUUAAUUUUAAAAAGUCGAUAAUCAAAUUGAACAGAUAUUGUCACGUAAAAAUUGAAUGCGGGUUCGAUAGCGUUUUCCGUAUAGAUAGAGAGAGUCACAUCACACCAAAGAGUUGGGCGUAAGAAUCGUUUAUUGGAGACAAGUCGUUCAUCAUUGGUAAUAACAUGUCGAGUCGUGAGGCGGGUGCUGGCAAGAAUGUUGGCACCCUCCCUAAAAACCAUGAGGAUGACACAGACGAGCCGGGCCUGGCCAGUGGUGCUCCAUCAAGCCAUCGCAGGACGGGCGGCGGAAUAGCGCCGUCCAGGAGUGCCAAAAAAAACGGCCCUUGCCGUUUCUUUUUCGAGGACGAGGUCUUUCGCAUCGAUUCACGCGGACGCGUGCACUUUGGCGUCAUAACUGAGACGGCCGAGUCGCACUCAUCGGAGGACGAGGAUGAUAAUGAGCCGUUGUUUACUGGCGAGGUUCGUGUGGCCUUCUAUCCCGAUGGCAAGGAACAGAUUCGAAUGGAGUCGGCCAUCGGCCUCGCAGACCGCACAUUGAUGCCCGGCGAUGUUGUGCGUCGUCGCCUGCCUGGCCAGAGAGAUCUCACCGGGCCGUCUGGCUAUGUGAGGGAUGUGAGCGUGACCGCGGACGUAAAGGUGCUUGGCUCCAAAUUCGUCAUCAAGAAUGUACCUGCGGAGCGUUUGCGCCCGAUCUCACAAUGGGCACGUGAUAUACCCGUAUGCUUUGACACCUGGGUGGGCACCACCAUCCAUGUGGACGAGGUCGCAGUGCUCAGAACCGGCAGUGGAGGCCGCCUUGAAAUCGGCUCGGCUUAUUUCCACAAGUUUAGGGAUGCAAAUUCCAAGAGUUUGCCUGAAGUAUUCACUCCCCAUGUGUUGUUUCCCGGCAACGUGGUUUUGGGUCGUCUGCCGCCCUUCGAUCGCUUUCUAAAUCUCACUCCGGACAUACCAUUGCCCGCAAAUCGCAAGCGAGCCUUGUAUACCGUGGAGUCGAUCGAAACCCUUGGCGUGAACGUGGCCUGGACAUGUCGUGCCACUACAAACGAUUGCACUGGCGAUCCUCUUAAACAGCCAAAAACUGAAGUCGUGGGCGAAGAACUAGUGCAAAUGAAGCGCCUCAAUAUCUAUGAAUCCUACAUGCUACAAAUUCACGAUCGAUUCUUCCUCAAAUAUUCGAAACAUGAUACACUGCUCAAUCACCAGGACUGGGAGGAAGAACUAACGGCUAAAUACAAGUCCAUUUAUGAAAAACAGGGAAUCAUCGAGACCAAACGGAACAAGCCGAAAAGCUCCAGUAGUGCCAGUGGCCGCAAUGCGCCCAAGUUUCGACGCAUUUUGAAUAAAUCUGGACAUUCGCGUUCACGCUCCAAUGGCGAUGUCGAAGCCAAUGUCUCGCUCAGAGGCCGUGAAGCGGGCAGUGAAUCGUCCACAAAGCUUUCAUCAAGCAACCAUGAUGAGACCUCGGACUUGAUUGAGGAUGGCGAUAGCACCGAAGAGUGCCUGGACGUGUCUAAAGAAUUGGAAGGCCAAGAGGAGCUGGCAGCCGGACCUCUACCUGAGGCAAGUGAUGACAAAAAUGAUGCACUAGUGGCUGCCUCCACAAAUAUGACUGGUGGUGUUGCUGGUGCAGCUAAUAAUCAGCAGCGCAUCACCGUGCGGAUUGGCAAUCGACGAUACGGCAAAAAGAAGAAGCUUCCAAAGAAGACACUUUCGUCACCAUUUGUUAAGAAACAUAUAGAUCCACGCGACGGCGAUGAUAUUGUGGUGGAGACGUUAGUGGUACGCAGUACCGCGACCGUCGUCUGGCAGGAUGGGACCGUUGAGGAGAACAUUCAGUCGACACAUCUAUAUCCCAUACACCAUCUGGACAAUCAUGAGUUCUUUCCGGGUGACUUUGUGAGCAAGGCGAACGAGAAUAACCUAUCGCAGACCGAAUAUGGCGUCAUUCAGUCCGUGGAUCAUGAUGAACGUAUUGCGAAGGUUAAAUGGUUCAACAUUUAUACCAAAAAGGAUUCGGUUCCCACAUGCAAGGAGGUGGAGGAGCUAAGCGUCUAUGAUUUGAAGGAUCACGCCGACUAUCAGUAUCGACCGGGCACCAUGGUCAUUAGGGUCUCGAAUUUUACAAACGAGGAUGUCAACUCGACAGCUGGCCAGGUGAUCGACAACUAUCCCGAUGGCCGUGUGCGCGUUUGGUGGGCCAUGGGACACAUUACCAUGUGCUAUCCCCAGGAUCUGUUUGAGAUCAAUCAGAAUGAUCACGAUCACGAUGGCUAUCUGUCCGAUGGAUCGGACAACUCGUGGGAGACCCAGUCGGAGGACAGUCUGCACGGUCAGCUCACAGAGAGAGAGCACAUCAUCACGGGCAUCGAUAGCGUGAGCGAUGCACUGGGCAAGCUGGAGAAGAUCCACAAUCUGCUGCCGAACGCUGAAAAGUCAGAGGUACACAUCGAUUUGGUUGCCAUCUAUACGAAUUGCCAUUACCUGGAUCGCCUGCUAAAGACCAGCUUCUUUGGCCCGGAGCAUUUCGGGAACGCACUGGACUCAAGUCGCAUCUCCAAAACCUACAGGGCUAUCCAAAAUAUAAUUAAUGUUGAUGCGGAUAUGGAUUUAGCCACGACGCCAUUGAGGCUUCAGGUUGAUGGCCCUCCGGUGAGCGCCCAGUCGACAUCGACGCCCACAAAGCGAAAAUCAUCAACCGAAAUAGACGAAGUUCAAUGCAAGCGAACUGGCGAUAUUGUCACCGAGGAUGAACCAGGAGCAGCCACCGAGGAGGAGAAUUGUGAGAAUGCCAAAUUGAUAGCCAAAUAUCGUUGCGAAUAUAAUCACAUGAUCGAAAUAGCGCGUAACAGUAUUCUCGUGGCUUUUGAUAUACGGAAUAAGGCAAAGAAUGAUUCUGGCGUUCACUCACGGGGCGAGAACAGCAUGAGCGAGUUGACCAACUCGGCCAGCGAUCGUGAUCCUGUCGAGCCGAAGGUGGAGGAGCAGUCGCCGUCGCCGCCGCCAGAGCUGAAGCCACAAGUGGUCAUUGAGUUUUCGGAGAGCUGCGUCACCGAAACCAUUGAGGUGUUUGCUCUUCUAAUCAAGAAACAAUUGUCCAAAUGCCGCAAGUUGGUUAAUGAGAAAAUCAAGCGUGCACGCAGAGAAGCACAAGAAGCUAAAGAUUCAGAUGACGAGCAUUCAGAUACAGCCACGUAUGAUGUCGAGCCAGUGGACGUCGCCAGCGACAUCAACGAGGUGGAAACGUCGCGUCCAAUAGCUCAGAUGGAUGUUGAACAGAAUCUGCCAAAGUGCGAUGCCAUGGAGCACACAUUGGACCUGAACGCAUUGUCCGAGUCGCUGCCGCCCAUUGAUCGUCCCAUGGCCUGUUCAUCACCCUCCCCCACACCCAAAACUGUCUCUCCAUCUCGCCACUCUCCCGUUUGCGAGAACUGCUUCGAGGUGGUGCCCAAUGCCCCGCCAAAUCAUCGCUUCAUUCGCAGUCCCGUGACACCGUUGAACAAGGCGCAGUACCAGCGAUCUAUUCAUCGUGAGUACUCCCUGCUGCAGUUGUCGCUGCCACCGGGCGUCAUUGUGCGAGCCUAUGAGGAUCGGAUGGAUCUGAUGUCUGUGAUGAUGGUGGGACCCAAGCGCACGCCCUACCAGAACGCCUUGUUCUUCUUCGACUUUCAAAUGGGUCGCGACUAUCCGAGGGUACCGCCAAUCUGUCAUUACACCAGCUACUGCACAGAGCGUCUCAAUCCGAACCUGUAUGAAGAGGGCAAGGUGUGCGUAUCCCUGCUGGGCACUUGGUCAGGGCGCGACACUGAAAUGUGGUCGAUAACCAGCACCAUGUUGCAGGUGCUCGUCUCGAUACAGGGUCUCAUACUGGUCGAUGAGCCCUACUAUAAUGAGGCGGGCUAUGAGAAACAACGCGGAACACAACUGGGCCUGGAGAACUCUCGGGUCUAUAACGAAAUGGCAAUCAUUAAGCUAGCCCAUUCCACGGUUAAGCAGCUCCAGAAUCCGCCACUCAUCUUCCGCAACGAACUGAUUCAGCACUUUAGGGAGUUUGGCACCGAGUUGUAUGACCGCAUACAGGCCUGGGCCGAUUACUCAUCUGAGGCACAGCGCCUGAAAGUUACCAGCAUUAAGGAAAUGCCGGCGGAGUACAAGGCCCCAUGCGAGAUGCCCGAGUUUCCCCUACUCCCGUGCAGUCGUGGAUUUUGCGUUGCUGUCAAGAAUGUUUUAGGCCAACUGAAGCCUGCAUUGGAUGCCUUGGAUUCCGCAUUGAACGCACCGAAUGCCUCAAUGGAUGGCGUUGAACAAGCUUUGGAAGCCAUAAGUCAGCCGAGUACCGAGUGGAUGGCCAUCGAAACUGGAAAGGCGCCACGCGCUGCACCAGAGGAGGGUUAAGUUCGCCAAAUGCCCAAUGCCAGCAUCCAGCAUCGCCUUUUGUAUUGGUGUAUUGGUGGGGGAGUCUGGCCUGGCCCCUGGUAAUGGGCAGCGUUUUAUAUACAACCACUAUUGAAUCUCUAUUGUUAAGCCUAUUCGAAUUGCUGGCAAUCGCCCCUUUAGCUAUACAAAAUGUUCCCUUAAAUCAAAUUAAAUGUGUUUACGUUGUCACACAUCCAUUAAACAAUAUCCGAUGAGUUCUAGAAUAUAGAAUAUAGAAGAAGAAGCAAAUAUGUAUGUAAAAUAAGUACCGUUUAGCUAAGCCAAUUGGUGUUAUUGUAUGGAAUGUCACAGAAGAAGUUCGAUUUUAUUUAUGUAAUUUAAGUUACCCGCAAAAACCGAAAAAUCGAAUGUACUUUUUGAGCAUGUCCUGCCUUGUUUUGAAUUUGAAUCUGUUUUUGUUUUGCAUUCCACUUGAAAGUAAGAAAGAAGCUUAGCCUAAUUUAAGUUUAAUGCCACACGCACCUUGCCCCAGCACUAGUUGCCUGCUAUAUUUUAAGCUAGCGAAUGCGAGAAAUGUGAAUAAAUUAGCAACAGUA